UAGUCUAGUAUAAGCCACAGACUAGAUAUUAGAGACUAUAGAGACUAUAGAGAUACUAGAGAGACUAGAGAGAUUUACAGAAAUCAGAACUUAAAGACUAUAAAGAUUUUAAAGAAUAUAAAGACUAUAAAGAUUAUAAAGAAUAUAAAGACCAGAAAGUGGUGAAACAUGACUCUUGUUUAUUGGAUAUUUCUCGUCAUAGAAGCAUAUCAUGCUUUGGCCCACUGUGUUGUUCUGUUUGGAUUAAAACUCCUCCCAAGAAAGGAUCUUGUCUCUGUUAGAUAUUACUUUCUAAUAGACGCUGCUUGUGCUGCAGUUGCCUACAGCCUGCAUAGAAAUGAAUAUAUGCUUCCCUUCCUUAUUGUUCAACAAUGGCAGCAUAUUUUUUAUUUCAGUACCUGGGAUGUAAGCCGAGCAGCUAAACGUGUCAUCUCCUGGUCUAGUUUAGACUGGGAUAGGGGAAGAUGGAAUCAACUAGAUCUUGUAUUUGGAACUGCGUUCGAUAUGUCAAUUCACAUUGCCAACGCAGUUUUCAUCGGAAUGACUCUCAGCAGAACUGGAAUUGUAUUGGCUGUAUCUGUAGUCGGUAUACUCUACGCUCUUGUAAUUGAAAACCCGAAGUUUGCCUGGUCGAGUAAAAACCAUAUGCCGGACUGGGUUGCGAGAAGAGUUAAACCCCUUUCUCCUGACCAGGUUCAGGAAAUUGCUGUGUUUGAAAAGCUCAAUGGUUCCACAAAAAAAUUGUAAUUGUGUAAAAAGGAAAAAUAAAUCCUGAAAUAUUUGCCAUUUAA